AUCAGCAGAGUUCCUUAGAGGCGACGCUCAUAUAAGUCCUUCGUGGGAAAGUCCUCCUUAAACGUCGCCAUGAUGAAGAACGGGUCUUGUCCUCCAGGCUGCCGCUUUGGUCUCCGUCUUGUCCUCCUCGUUUUCGGUCUCCAGAUGGUCUCCGGCGCGGCCCACCACUUGUCAAAGGUCUCGGACGCGUCUCGGUCUCUUCGUGUGCCUGAAGACCUCCUGGAGAGACACGAGGACCUCGCGAAGAACGGAGGAAAAUCACAAGAAGGAGGAAAGAGGAGUCUUGUUUCCCGCGAGGAGGAGGUUGAGGGAGAAGCCAGGAGGACCGAGGAAGGGGAUGGAAGCGAGUCACUGGCUGAGGGAGAUGAGGACGAGAUGCUGAACUUCGGAGACUAUGACGAGUCCGAAAUCAGUCACUUGCAGCACUCCAGCCGGAAGAUGACCCUCCUCGACUUCAUUUCCACAAGAGUCACCACCUCGUGCUUCCCCAACGCGAAUUUCCGGCUCCAGAGUCACCCCAGCUUUGGCACGUACAGGUACCCCAACAACUACAGUCUCAAGAGAACCUACAGGAGAGGCCCGGGCAUCAAAGAGAUCGUGGUCUACUGCCCCUUCUUCAGGACCGAGUGGAGCAAGCGGUGCAGGAGGGACAAGUUCACGAUUUUCAACGGGCCUUCGUUCACCAGGGGAAUCAGGCGCUGUGGGAGAAUUCACGGCUUCUUCAAGAGGUACACCCACGACAUCCAAAUCGUCUUCAGAACGAACUACGUAAAGACGUUCGCUGGGUUUGACUGCAUCAUCAGCUGCAUUCCAAAACCAACUACAACUAGCACCUCAACAAGUUCAACCUCUACAUCUACAAGUACAUCAACUAGCACAUCUACAAGCACGUCUACGAGCACUUCAACCAGCACGUCAACUAGCACAUCCACUAGCACUUCUACAAGUACAUCAACUAGCACUUCAACCAGUACAUCUACUAGUACAUCUACCAGUACUUCGACCAGUACAUCGACAAGUACGUCUACUAGCACUUCAACCAGCACAUCUACUAGUACAUCAACCAGUACAUCUACCAGUACGUCUACUAGCACAUCUACUAGUACAUCUACCAGUACAUCAACCAGUACAUCUACUAGUACAUCUACCAGUACGUCUACCAGUACUUCGACCAGUACAUCGACAAGUACGUCUACUAGCACAUCUACCAGCACAUCUACUAGUACAUCUACCAGUACGUCUACCAGCACAUCUACUAGUACUAGCACAUCUACCAGCACAUCUACCAGUACAUCGACCAGUACCUCAACCACAUCAACAAGUACAUCCACCUCCACCAGUACCUCAACCAGUACUUCUACAUCUACUUCUACAUCUACCACCACUACGUACAGUCCAGGCUGUGCUUACAAACCCGUAGAACCAGCGAGCAGGAUCAGCGUCACAACCUGUGAGGAUAUCUUGCCAGAGUACCGGGAUAUUUGCACCUGCACCCCGUGCUCCGAGUUCUCCCGCCUUCAGCUGAACUGCAGCAUCUGUUCCGGCUGCGACAUGGAGAUCUUCGCCGUCCACGAUUUCCAAAUCAACUUGGCCCUCCACUUCAUCUUCAACGCGAGCUGUCCAUACCCAGUCAAUUUGGGAGACCUGACGUACGGAAACGAAGCCAGGUUUGUGGUGUUGCUCCUGUGUUAUCCGAUUCCGUCGAGGAUCACGUUCCCCGGAGCCUUCCCUACGUGGCCCGCCGUCAGGAUCGUUUUCUAUAUGACCGGAUGUCCAGAUUUGUUCACCGGCGAGCCCUGUAUUGACCUCACUGGCCGUCGGCGCCGCACUUCUACCGGCAUUGAAGGUCAAGUCAUUUCUCACGAGAGUCUGAGACCUGAGAGGCGGUCUGAGGGCGAGCUGGUGUCGUCGAUGACCCGCCCGGAGGGUAUGGGUCUCCGGGCCGACUCUGGGCUGGGAGACCUGUCUUGGCUCAGCGUCUUCUCCAACCUCACUCAUCUCUACCUGGUCGAGGUCGAAGUGGACACCUCGACGCUGCCUGUGUUGGAGCACCUGCACACCCUCAUCGUCGAAGACAAGACGGGAGUGAUGGUGCAGAACAACUACGACCUGCGGCAUCUCAGUCACGUCCAGGAAGUGUUUCUGACUCUGGGCGAGACUACGCUACACUCCGACUUCGUGAUGCUCGAGUCGGACAGCCUUCAGUACGUGGAGGUCGCGGUGCCCAACGCCAAGGUGAACGGCCUGGAGAUCAACUUCAUCAACCUGGGGACGUCGGCGAGACGCAUCUCACCUCCUGCCUCUGGAUCGCUUCGGACAGUCGUGCCGGAAGUGACCAUGAAAGUCAACCGAGAUCGCAUGCCCUUCGUCUUGUACCCUGUGUUCCUGCCGCUGCUGAAGGUCGCCGUCGUCCACUGGGUCAAUGACGAUGGCACCUACGUCUCGUGCGAGCACUGUGGCAUCGCCUGGUUCUGGACCCUCAGCGAGCAGGAGCUGGAGUGCCUGCGCGUGGCAUGCACCAACCCCGAGGGCAAGCUGGUCAUGGCACAGGACUACAUUCGCGGUGGAGGAAGCAACCCUUGUGCCAUCUACUUUGGCUAAAGAGAGGGGGGGGAAGGGACGCCUCACGCCCACGGAUCCCGCCCGGUGCCUCGUUCGUUCUUUUAAGGAGUGUCAGUGCCAUAGGUCCUAAGAAAUACACCUUCGUUAGGAAA